AUGUUGCUCAUAGGUCAAGCUAAAGGAGGGACUCUCAACAACAAUCCCAAGGGGCAAAACAGCAAGAAGCUCAAGGCAACCGCCAAUGUGAAGGUGGAAUCUUCCAAGACCAUAUGCAAAGGGAAAUGUAUUAUCUCCAUUUCUCUUCUAAAUCAAUUGUUUGUGAAAAAGGCAUUAUGUAUGGUGAUUUUGAGCAAGUUGAAGGGUGCUGUGAUUGAUCCUAGUUGGAAGGUUAUGGAGGCACUGGCCCAAUUAGAUAAUGCUACACUUCAUAGGAGUAUAGGGCAUGUUGCAGGACAAGAUGGAGGAGGGUCUGAUUGGGAAAGAAAUUCACCAGUGGAUGUGUUUGGUGAGGAGGAUACAAUUAUGCAAGCUGAGGAUGAUGCACAAAUUGAAGAACAAACUAGAGGGGAGCACUCACCAAUUGGGUCAAGGUCUGAUAGGGAGAUAUUACUGGGACUCCAAGCACAAAUGAAUGAGUUUAGGACAAGGAUGGGUCACAUCAAGGAUAAUCAAUUGGAGAUCCAAUAUCUUUUGAGGCGAGGACAUGGUGUUGGACCUUCAUCUUCAACAUGGUGA